UAGCUACAUACAGUCAACGUGGCCACUUGCUACACCUGGUAUCACCACUACAACUACCACCAUUACAGUUACCGCCAGAAUAUUGUGCACCACUACACGCACUAUGGAACAACCAUGACACUACUGCCGCUGCAGUCUGAUGAUGGAGACAUCUACAGCAUGGCAAAAACACGCAGACAGACAUCUCGCAAUGCACAUUAGCAUUCACUUUUCGUUUAACCAUUUUAAACCUCCAUGGAGCACACUACUAUGUGCUCUUGUGAUAAAUUUUAUGGCUUCGGUAUCUGCCAAGGAAAAGGUAGACCCAUCCGAGCACCACCACCGUGGAGACCUACACCUAGUCCGUGGGUCUUAUGUGCAUUCCCUUGCAUGGGUGGUGGAAAUAGGUGAUGAGUGUACUAUUAGUAAGGUGAUUGAUGACUUUAGAAAGAGAAACCUCCAAAUGAGGUACAAUAGCAGCAAUGAAAGUAGCACAAAAUUAAUAUAUAAUCAUUCCAAAGAUACACUGAGUAGUCUAAACCAUGACAGUGCUCAGAAAUAUAAUGGGAAGAUUUAUUCUCUUGACCAGGAAAUUUGCUGUUGUGAUAUACCAAUGCAACUCAUUAUUUUAAAAAAACUGGCUUACUUCAAAAAUAUGUAUAUAGUUGCUCAUCCUUACUUCCGAUUUUACUUUCAAAGUAAGAGAAAAUGGAAAACCAGACAAAAUCGAAGAGUACAAAAUAUAAACCCAAGCAAUACCUCAACCUUUAUAUCUGGUGAUUAUAGAAAACCAAUUACAAAUAGUGAAUUUGUAUUCCUCAGAAUUGAGGCAUGUUUGGAGAAGUAUUUUAGUAACCACCCUUGCAUUAAAUAUGCUAAACAAGAAGUGCUUAGACCUCGGCAGAAAAGAAGUAGAAUACAGUUUCUUGACCCUUUGUAUGAAGAGCAGUGGCAUUUGAAAAACUCUGUUGCUGGUCAGUAUGACAUUAAUGUUGUAAGCGCAUGGGAGAGUGGCAUCACUGGUCGAGGUGUAACUGUGUGUGUCAUUGAUGACGGACUGGAGUGGCAACAUCCAGAUCUGAGGGACAACUAUAACCCUACAGGCUCGUAUGACCUUAAUUCAGAUGAUCCUGAUCCAUCUCCUGUGAAGAAUGGAGAACGAAACGAGCAUGGGACAAGAUGUGCUGGGGAGAUUGCUGCAGUUGCCAACAGUGUUUGUGGUGUUGGUGUAGCUUAUCGAGCGAACAUCUCUGGAAUUCGUGUGCUUGGAGGGCGUAUGACAGAUUCCAUGGAAGCUUCGGCAUUUAUUCAAGGGCUAGAGGUUAAUGAUGUAUAUUCGUGUAGCUGGGGUCCAGAUGAUGACGGGAAGACAGUAGACGGUCCUCACCACUUGGCUUCUCGUGCAUUGCUACAUGGUAUCACCUAUGGCAGGAGGGGAUAUGGUGCCAUUUAUGUUGUUGCAUCUGGCAAUGGUGGGAGAAACAAGGAUAAUUGUAAUUUUGAUGGUUAUGCCAACUCGGUCUACACAGUGACAAUUGGGGCCGUAGACUUCAAGGGCCGAAUGCCAUACUAUGCAGAGGAAUGUGCAGCAAUGUUGGCAGUGACACCAAGCUCGGGGAGUAAUGGCCGUGAUAUUGUAACAACAGACUGGAGUGAGAUUAGCCCCUCUGGGUGCACCAAGCAUCACUCAGGAACGUCUGCUGCUGCUCCCUUAGCUGCUGCAGUAAUUGCUCUGGCAUUUGAGGUUCAGCCAUGUCUGUCAUGGAGAGAUGUUCAGUACCUCAUUGCACUAACCUCUAGAAAGAUUGAUGCAUCAAACUCAGACUGGGCUAAUAAUGGUGCUGGCCUCCACCACUCACAUCAACAUGGCUUUGGUCUUAUUGAUGCUGCUGCAAUGGUUUCUGCUGCAACCAUCUGGGAGUCUGUUCCAUUCUCUACAACAUACACAUCAGAGAAGAUGGUGGUUGAGCUACCUAUGCCAGCAGAGAGACUUGGUGAAGUUAUGGUCAAACACGCUAUAGAUAAGCAUGUAUUGCAAGGAUAUGCUCUCAACAUUUUGGAAUUUGUACAAGUGCGAAUAACAAUAAAACAUGAUUAUAGAGGGAGCCUGAAUAUCGUCCUAGUGUGUCCCAGUGGUACCAGGUCAACCCUUGCUGCACCCAGGGAGGUUGACAAUUCUACCAAGGGUCUGGUGGACUGGCCACUUGGUACUGUACGUUGUUGGGGAGAGGAUCCAGUUGGUACCUACCAGAUGACAGUAAUGCAGACUCGACACCAGCACCUCAAUGGCCAACUGGUAUCUUGGCAGCUGGUUCUCCAUGGCACCUCCAUGACACCAUCUGAGCUACAGGGGAGAAGAGAGUUGGUGGAGAGGGCAGUACGAGGAGAGGUGAUUCAUGUUAAUCGGAGCAUGUUGUGUCACCCCCCAGAGCUGAGAUUUGAACCUUUUGAGCCUUUACCUGAACGAUGGCUAAAGGUGCUUGUUAUUACUGGUUUCUUUUUUAUGUUUAUGGCAGUAUUCAAUUCCCUUGAAUAUAUGUUUUGCUAUAAUGAUGAAAAAGGGAAAUUUUACAAGAAACUUCAAGAUCUCUCAGCUGGGCGAGCAAUGCACCAGAGAAGUGUAUCCGUUCAGCGAAGUCUCACUGCAGAUCACCGUUAUGGAAGUAUUGAAGGUGGAAGCAACUCUCAGAGCACUGUAGAAACUCGCUUACCAGCAGCAAAUUCAAAUGAGUUUCUUUCACUGAUGGUGAUAGACAGAGAAACCUCACCAUCACCCUCUUGUGAUGCAGAUAUAUCUAGUCUAGACUGUGAUAGCGAUGAGGAUAAUUUAUCCUCACAUUGUACAAGUGAUACAGUUAUACCAAAGGACACCGAUGUUACUGAUUUCACAAAUGAUGAAUUUUUAUCUGAAGGUGAUGAAGAUAAGAGAAUUUCAGAAAAAUCCGAGUUAAUGGAUUAGUUUUGUAAGUAUUUUUCUACUGUUUGUAUCUUUUUCUUUAGGGGAAAAAAAAGUUAAAUUGGAGAUAUGAAUGACUUUUUGAAAUAGAAUGAAGACAUGUUCUUGUAAACAAAGUUCCUUGUUAGUAUUCUAAUAUUUAUCUGAGAUAGGCAAAACUUGUAUACUAUUAUGGUCAUUACCAGUAAUGUAUAAAGCACUAUUUAUUAAUUAUUUAAUGCUUAAAUAUUAUUUGUACAGUGCACCUCAACUUAAUAACCAAGAUGCAAACUGGAGAAAUCGUGUAGCAAAUUUUACAUUGACUAAACCACAUUUUCCCAUACACACCCAUUUAUAUCCAGUGAUACAUUCUGGGACAAUAAUAAUCAUUUUUUAAUUAUUCUUUUUCGUUAACAUUGCAAUUAGAAAUAGUAUGCUUAGAAGAGUUUGGCCUUAAGGAGAGGCUGGGUACAAUGUCCACAGAGUAGUUUCAAAAGUCAAGAGAAGAGGAUUGCAGUAGCAAAAAAAAAUUCACAUUUCUUGAUUUAUUUUGUCAAAAAAAAAAAAAAAGUAUA